CUCCACUCAUGCUUGUACUUGGCUUGUACUCGCGGUGGCUCCAGAGACUAACACAACAUAUUUUCUUAUAUUUUGAGUGUAGUUGAUGCUGUGUAAAUGCAGUCAAAUGCUCGUUCACCGCUGGACUCGGCUGUGCGGCUUCUCCAGCCGUGUGGUUUCCAACAGGAGAGGAAGAGGAGGAGGAGGAGGAUGGAGGUGGAGGGCACUGACAGGACAAAACAGUGAGCCGUGUUGGACAGGAGCGCUGCGAUGGACCACAGCAUCCAAACGCUACUGUCACAGUGAUUUGGGGGACUUGUACAAGAACGAGUGUGUUCAGAGGUACCUUCACCGGUUUAUGGAGGAGUACGGAGAGGUCAGCAAGAAGUUACAGCUCGCCUUUCUGAGCGAGUCGGAGAGGAAAGACCUCAGCAAGAAACACGCAGAGAUGCUCCCCGUGGCGGACGUGUUUCAGAGCAUACAGCAUGCUUUGGCAGAGCUUGAGGAAGUCCUGUCUCUGUUGCAUAGUACAGUCGGGGCCAAAGAUGAGGACAAACAGAUGAGCCAGCUGCUGAAAGAGGAAGAAAUGCAGAUCUCCCACAGGAUUGUAGCUUUGAGAAAAGAUCUGAUCAAAGCUCUUGUGCCCAGUGACCCAAAUGACUCCAGCAAUGUUCUUCUGGAGGUCGUGUCAGGGCGGACAACAGGAGGUGACAUCUGUCAGCAGUUCACCAGAGAAAUGUUCGACAUGUACCAGGGUUUUGCCAGUUACAAGAACUGGGACUUUGAGAUUUUCAACUACACACCUGCUGAGUAUGGUGGUCUGCACCAUGCAGCAGUGAGAAUAGUAGGGGAGGAUGUGUACAGACACCUGAAGUAUGAGGGAGGCACACACAGGGUGCAGCGGAUCCCCGAGGUGGGCCUCUCCUCCAGGAUGCAGCGCAUCCACACUGGAACCAUGACCGUCAUCAUCCUGCCUCAGUCUGUCGAGCUUGAUGUCAGCAUUGACCCAAAAGACCUGCGCAUUGACACAUUCAGGGCUCGGGGUCCUGGAGGUCAAGGUGUGAACACAACAGACAGCGCUGUGCGCAUAGUCCAUCUUCCUACAGGUACCACUGUAGAGUGUCAGCAGUCCCGCUCACAGCUCCAGAACCGGGACACAGCGAUGCGCAUGCUGAGGGCCCGCCUCUACCAAAGCAUGAUGAGUAAAGAGACUGAGCAGAGGCACACAGCACGGAAGCAGCAGGUGGGAACCCGAUCUCAGUCAGAGAGGAUUCGUACGUACAACUUUAGCCAGGAUCGCGUCACAGACCACAGGACUGGAUAUGUGACCCGAGAUAUCAAGGAGUUCAUGAGAGGAGGGGUGGCCCUGGAUGAUCUAAUCUCUGACGUUCUUGAACACGGAGAGAGAGAAGCGCUUCUGGAGCUGGUUGAGAGCAGCACCAGCAGCCUGAAACCACCCGAGUCUGGACAGUCUGUGGAUUGACACCUGGAGCUCCUGAACGCAGUCUGGAGCAGGAGCAUGCUGGAGUGAUUUUCUUAACUGUGGUGGAGACCAAACCUCUAAACCCUGGCAGGGUCAGUGCAAUAACUCCAGGACAACCGUACCUUUCUCCUCAGUCAGCUUGAGCUGGAAUUACUAGUAGAUACUAGUAGACACAAAGUGAAAUCAUCUGGACAUAUACAGUACUAGCAGGAGCCGUGGGAUGCAAACACAGACAUUAAUUUAUUGUCAAAGUAUCCUCAGUGGUCCGCUGCCAGCCCGGGUGUGGUGAAAACACCUAUCAGUUCAACACACACUCGUUCAGGCACAGCUGGUCACACCCCAAGUGUGUUGCUAUGUGUUUGUGUGCCAGCUGACUGGCAGCCUUCAAUAUUUCUCCAUGUCAUUUGACCUCAUAAUAAAAGAAUGUAUUUUGACCAUGGUUGGAAGCUGUUUCCUCUCUAUUGUUUGUCUUUGGAAAAUAAAUUAUCUUAUAUACAAA